AUGCAUUUUAUCACCAUCAUGGCAACUCUCUUCACAAUAGCGCAGGCGCGCCCAGGCCUGAUAUUCACCCAUCCCUUAGCUUCACCCGGGAUAGAAUACGCACAAUCAGCUUCCUCAAUACAUCCUCACCCAGCUGUAGCACUAAACGCUGCUAACGAGGCCUUGUUACCGCCAGAAUUACUGAAAUCCAAUUCAUUCUACAGUAAUCCAUCGAUCGCUUCAGGAUUGGCAAAGGAAUCUUGGUUCACGAAUAAAGAAAUGCAAGUUGUGGAACGCGAAGCUGAGAAGAUACCGAGACAGCGUAUUUAUGAUAUAGUGAAGAACGCUGGGUUUAUAUAAAACUGGAAUUAAUCCUAGUCUCUAGUU